AUGGUGCAAACCCGAGCCCAGAAAAAAUUCAAAUUCACGAAGACGCCUUUCCUUGUGAAAAAAGAAGUCAUCAAUGUCAUGGAGUUCACGACCAACAAGAACAGUCGGAAAUUGGUGGGCUAUGCUCCACGCCAUCACUUCUACUACAUGAAGUUUGCAAAUUCUUGUCGUAAAACAAAAUCGAUCAAUGUUGUCACGGAGGAUCUCACUGGAAUAAAUGAAUGGAGCUUUGAUGAAUUCUAUGAGGCUUACAAAAGCGUAGAAUGUAAAUUCGAUACAAUUGAAUUCCCACCCCACGAUGAAAACGUCAAGAAUAUUAUGAAGUUUUUGGAAUUGAAAAAACAAUGGUUUUUUCUUAAUGCUGAGGAACUCAAGAGAGACAUAGAAAAGCAUCCGAAUGAACCACAAUGGAAAAGGGAGCUUUUCAAGCCGUUUGUUUGCAAAGAAGUUCUCCUUAAUCUCCAUGAUGAAACUGAAAAGUACCUCCCAUUUUUUCUGAGGCUUAUCGAUGGGAGUAAAGUGCUGAAACUGACUAUGAAAGGAAAGCUCAACUACGGCUCAUACCGCUCAAUUAGAAAAGAGGCUCUUUGGAAAAAUGCCGAGACUUUUUAUUGUGAGUUUUGUUUUGGAAACCACGGAUACGAGCGGAUGAUUGCACAACACGUAAAUUACCGAGAGUUGGCUCAUUUCCAAUAUUUGGACUAUGGUGCGGAGGAUAUAACGCCAUAUAAAGUUCGGACAUUUAUUAACAGUUUCCGCGACCAAAACCAUCCGAGAGGAAGCAAUUUCUUUAUUUAUUGUGAUGAGAGUAUUCCGUACAAAUCAAUCUUGAAGUUGUACGAUGUCAAACCCGAAAAUCAACCGAUUCCCAAUGUGGACGCUUGGCACACACAGGUUUUCACAUUGGAGAAUACCCAGGAGUUGGUCUUGGUAGUGGUACUUCAUCAGGACUAUGUGAUGGGAAAAAUUUGCCAUGUCAACACAAUCGAGAAGGAUUUCAAGAGAAGGAUUUCAAGUGACGAACCUCAGCAUAUCCACGUGUACCGUCACUACGAUCCUCAUCAUCAUCAAUUUUCGUUAUACACGAAUCACUAA